GUAUCAGGAUUCUUUUGUAAAAAAGAGGGGAAACCCGCCGCCGCGACGAGCUCACCAUGGCCAUGGCGGUUCCGGCCGCCGCAAAUCCACUUUGUCGGCCAGGCUGCAUCCCUGCCCCGCAGACCAGAGAGCUUGCGCGUUUUGCCAUCCCCAAACGAUGAGGAGGUACGAGACGAGAUGGAGGCGGCAGCGGCCGCCGCGAGAUCCAAUCGCUCUGCAUCGCAACAGCUUCCACGUACUGGUUCGCGUGCUGACUGCUGAGUGAGUGUUCUGAUGGAUGUAUCGUGGGCUCCCAUCAUCAUUCAGAGCAGAGAACUCGCCAAUCGUUGGAGAGAUGGAGGGGCGGCAACAAAGGGAUCUCAGCACGAUUGGGAAAGCACCAGAGCACGAAUGCUACUUCAGCAGCGGAUUCCGGAAUCUAACAAUGCCGUGAAGCCUAGCUAUCUGAGUGAUGAGGGGUGGAGCUGAACUGUGCAUACACUGAAAGGCGAUGAGCGAGAAGAGUGUAUGAUAGUCAGGCGAUGCGUCAAUUUGGGAGAACAGGCAAUCGAAUCGAAACUUCGCAAUGAUCCAUGGGCUAUCUAUAUGGUAUUGAUUUACUGCAUCAGUUAUCUUAUAUUUUUGCUUUGCUGAAUUUGGAAUGCUUUCAUAAAUUUUUGGUUAAAUAGUCUUGGUGAGCUACAAAUAUGAGAAGGGCCAAUGUCUGAAGAAACAUACAAAGAUUUCGAGUUGCUCUGGUAUCUGAUGGUUUAAUAAUUUAAUUACUCAUAGGCUAGCUACUUGAUGACGUGCCACUAUACCAGUAUGGCACACUGCUAUGCUAUAUGGUGUUAUGAUAUUAGAUUAAGGAACCAAUGAUCUGCAGGUCCUCACCUACAAGUUAAUGACUUUAAAGAUGGCCAUUUUAGGAAUUUUGACACAUCUUGUUUAAGACUUUCUUUUGUUGUAUCUUAUGGUAAGAUUUUUCUGUUUCACUCACCAUCACAAACUUCUUCAUGAUGGCUAAAAAAUUUGAAUUGUUUUAUACAAGUCCUGGCACCCUUUACUUGUGCAGAUAAUUAUAAUCUGAAGUUCCUUUAUGUCAUGCGGCACAUGUCAUGUUUCUUUGGUACAUCCUAGAUGGAAAACAGCUGGCAUGAAUGACAAUAGAGGACUCUAGGUUAACGUCCAAGCAUCAGGGUUAUGAGUUUAUCUGCAAUAAAGUUAGCUGAUGACUUUUUGGAGGACUCAGAGAUUCCAGAUACCCAAUCCUCUAUUUAGUUUUCUUGCUCAAUGGUUUUUCUCAAGUAAAAGAUAAGAUAAGCCUUAAAGGAUCUAAAAGCUCAAUAAAGUAGCACAUCUAAAGCAUAAAGGACAUUGUAAUUCACAGAAGGUGUGAACAUUUACUUGCCCCAGUUGUGUGCCAAGUUGUGGGAUAACCAAGCUUGUAGCCACAUGAUAUUCGAAUUAGAAGUAAAGCUAAUACAGAAAAAACAGGAUCUGAAAGGUGCAGAACAUAUGAGCAAUCCAUGAUGUGUAAAUUACGUAUCUUAUUGAACAAAUGCAUAAAGAUAUGUCUAUAGAAAAAUACAGAAAUCAUCUCAGAUAAGCUUGCCAGCAGUUUAGCAUGUCAAAAUAGAUGCAACCAUUAUUUGUACUACAAUCAAAACUUUUUGCAUUUCAGCAUGAGUUAUCUUUAGCCUCCCACACCUAUAAAAAUAGCAUUUCUCAUGUCAGAAUUCGUAAGUACCUCUUAAGGACAAUUGAGAAGACAUAGCGUGGUCAAUUGAACUACUUGUUUACCUCUGCAAUGGAAAAUAAGUAUGCAUGCCCACCACCGAGCAAGGGAAAUCUGAUUACAAUCUUGAGUAUUGAUGGUGGUGGGGUUAAGGGUAUCAUCCCCGCUACCUUCCUCGCAUUCCUUGAGUCCAAACUUCAGGAGCUUGAUGGGAGCAAUGCACGCUUAGCUAACUACUUUGACGUCAUUGCUGGCACAAGCACAGGUGGCCUCAUUACUGCUAUGCUAGCAACUCCAUCGCUGAGCAAUGCUAAGCAACCAUGCUGUGAGGCCAAGGAUAUUGUGCCAUUUUAUCUCAAGCAUUGUCCUCACAUCUUUCCAUGCAGGACUGGAUUUUUUGGUUGGUUCUGCAAGAUCCUACACAUAAUUAAGAUGAUCUUUGGGCCGAAAUACAACGGAAGGUACCUGCACAAAAUAAUCAAUGAUCUGCUUGGCGACACGAGAGUGAAAGAAACAUUGACAAAUGUUGUGAUUCCUACUUAUGAUGUUAAAUGUGUAAAGCCAACAAUAUUCAGCACAUUUAAGGCAAGAUCUAAUACCUUGAUGGAUGCUCGUCUUGCUGAUGUGUGUAUUGGCACAUCUGCAGCACCAACCGUUCUCCCUGCACACUAUUUUGAAACUGUGGAUUAUCACACUGGUGCAUCACGGAGCUUCAACAUUAUUGAUGGGGGCCUUGUCGCAAACAAUCCGACUCUAGUGGCAAUGAGUGAGAUAACAAAGCAGAUCCAGAUGAGGAGCAAGGAAUUCCCUGAAACCAAGCCCUUGGAUUACAAUAGAUAUCUGGUAAUAUCAUUAGGCACGGGUCUUCCAGAGCAAGACAUCAAGUUUGAUGCAUUGCGUGUUUCUAAUUGGGGCAUUUUUCGAUGGCUUGGCUGGCACUAUACCAUGCCUUUGCUGCACAUGUUCUUGCAUGCUAGCUCAGACAUGACUGAUAGUCAUGUUGCAAACCUUUUCAAAGCAAUUGGAUGCUCAGACCAACUUUUGCGCAUUCAGGAACACAACAUACCAAUAGCGGCUGUGUCAGCCGACCUCUCAACCGAGAAGAAUCUUCAAGGGCUGAUUAAGAUUGGAGAAAACCUUCUGCAUAAGCUACUAAGCAAGGAUGAUUGCAAGAACAGCUACAUCGAGCCAAUGCCAAAAGAUAGGCGUACUCGAACAUAUGCUGAUAUGCUCACACGGUUUGCGAAGCUCCUUUCUGAUGAGAGGAAGCUUAGGCUUCAGAACAUAGAACUGGAUGCGGGUCAGAGCAAAUCAUGAAACGUGAGCUCUUCAGAGCACAUGGUCCAUGCCCAUCCCAUCUUAGCAAUUCGUGUUGAUUACUAUAAGCAGUUGCGUGUAUUACAUGUCCUGAGUGUGUAAUUGGUAAAGUGGUAUGUUUGCUUGGAGCCCUGUAAUCGGACAAAGUCUAAUGCCUUGGCGUGCCAGGCUAUCUAGCUGUGUGUAAUGUGAGUGUGGAAUUAUGUUAUGGUAUUGGAUAUGCAUCCUAGGCUGUAAAUUAUGUGUUGAUCCUUGAUCGUAUUGAAAAAUAAAGUAUCUUGUGAUUAUUCAACAGUC